AUGUCAUCAUCGACACCUCGAUAUCGUCAGCAGAAUCAUUCAAGUAGGGUGGAGAAUGGUAGUAGAGCCACUAUGGGUUCUUCCAUGAGUACUACCUCAACAUCAUCAUCAAGGAUUAAGACCAAUUAUAAAAACUACACUCCCAAACAAUCAAAAACUAAGAGUGUCAUUACACCUAGGAGGAGAAAGGAACAAGUAAUGAAUACAAUUCCUAAUGUUGAUGAGGACGAUAGUGAAUUUCAAACUGAGGAACCUCUCGAAAGUAUGCAAGAGAUUGAACCUGAAAAUGAUCAACAAUUCUUUAUAAUUCCGAAGAAUCAUUUCAAAAUAUCAGCCUAUGAAGACAAGUACUUUAUCAGAUUUGCCACACCUGGAACAACAAAUCAUACAAGUGUUAUGGUUAAUAGUGGAUGUGAUAUAAGAUAUGAUGAUCAAAAAAUGUGUUACUUUGAAAUUAGUGUAAUACGAUCAGUGAAAAAUGUUUCGAUUGCAAUUGGAUUCAGUUCGAAAGAUGGGUAUUAUCAUGCAUUUCCAGGAUUUGAUGAUAUAUCCUACGCUUAUCACAGUGAUACAGGUGCCAUUAGUCACGAUUCAAAACAAUACGAAAUUAACAAAUCAUUCCAAGUUGGAGACACUGUUGGUGCAGGUAUCAUAUUACCUCAAAGACAUGUAUUUUUCACAUUGAAUGGAGUAAUGUUAGGAAAGUUUUAUGAUUUAUCAUCCUUAGAGGAAAUUGUAAGAAUUCGAGAGGAAUCAAAGUUGACAGAAGCAGCAGAUAUUGAACACUACCCAUCUACCUAUACAAAGUACGUAUAUAUUCCUGGAGAAGGCAUUAUGAAAGGCACAUGGACAGAGCAUCCAGGAGAGCAUUUAUCUGGAACAAUAAUUGAUGGUAUUCCAGUUGAAGCUACUAGACAUUUGAUAAUUAGGGAAAAGAGAGGAAAGCCAUUGGAACAAAAAAUUGUUGACGAAUAUUUGAACAUGAAUCCAAAGAGUGAAACAAUUAUGGAACCAGAACAUGAAAAUCCAUUUGUAUUUUAUCCUGUUAUUGGCUCAAAUGCACCCUGUACAGUCACUACAAACUUUGGACAGAUUCCUUUCAAAUUCGAUAUUGCCUCAAUUAAUGUUGAGGAGCCAGUCCCUGCUAGAGAGGAAGUGAUUUCAACUUCCUUCUCUUUCGACGAUACACUAAUUUCCCCUUCUAAAUGUGAUCCUUUUGAUCUUGCAAUGGAAUGCGUCCAAUCAUUGAACAUUGAGAAAAUGGAAUCUUUUUUCUCUAAUGAAGGUUUCACUGAUGUUAACAGAGUAUCAGACAGAGGACAAUCCUUGUUGCAUUUGGCCUGUGGUUUACAAUCAGAACCAGAAAUUACUACUCAAAUAAUUAAUUUACUGCUUGAAAAAGGAGCUGAUGUCAACUUGACUACAAGGUCAUUAGGAGCUCCUCUUCACGUGGCUUGUAAAAACGCAAAUAUAACAGCUGUAAAUAUUUUGGCAAGCCAUCCAAACAUUGAUAUCAAUAUCCUCCAUAAGAAGAAGACGGCUUGCGACUUUGCUUACUAUGUUCCAGAAAUGAGAUAUGUGACUAUUGUUCAAGAUGAAGUAAAGUCCAGAUUGGAAAUAAUUUCAAAAUUGAAAGGUUUAGGAUCUAAAAUGAAUCUUCACACAGCAGUUUUGUAA